AUGCCUUCCCCAAUCCCCCACUUCCUCCUCCCCCGAGGCCUCCCAACAGCCCGGACCCUCCGAACCCUCCAACACCGGAGUCUGAACUCCAGCUUCUCCACAACCAGCGCGGUCUCACGAAUGAAUAAGAAGCCCGAAACAAGAAAGAAUCGCAUCCUCGAAAAACCAGACAAGUUUCGCCCCCCAUCUCACCCGCAGCGUCUCGUUAGCCCUGCGCGCACCCCGUCCGGACAACCAGUGAACUACGGACCGCGUCUUACAGCCGCUGAGCGCGAAGCACAGAAUAAGAAACAGUACCCGAGCAUGUUCCCGCCUGAGGGAACCGUUAUGUUUAAGUUUUUGACGAGUCGGUGGAUCCAUGUUUGGAUCGCAAUGAGCAUCCUGACUACCCUUGCGACAUUCACCUUCACUACAAACUUCAAAGCGACUUCUCCCUUUGCACACCUUCUUCCUCCUUGGUCUGCUCUCUUCACCAGCCCGUUUUCUACUAUUUCUCAGGCUCUGAGCGUUUACCGCAUGCAUGUGCAGCACGAGUCUAUGCUCGUGCGUGAGAAGCGGCAUGCGCGGAUUGAGGAUGCUGAGAAGCGGAGACAGUAUCGGAUUGCGCAUGGGCUUGAGGAGCCGACUGAGGAGGAGAAGGAGGGACAGAAGCCGGUUAUUGAUGAGCAGAGUCCUAUUGCUGUUGCGGAGCAGGCGGAGUAUGUUGAUUUCGAUGGAAAGAAGAGGCCCGUCAAGAAGUGGCUCGGGAUUUGGUGA